CUUAGCAAGAUCUGCUUCCUCGUCCUCAAACAGAAAGAAUAUUUUCUUCAAACGAUCUACUUACGAUUGCCUGAUACUCUGACAUUUAAUCCUGUAAAUUGUCCAACAACACAUCUGACAGCUUCUCCUUGAGUGUGUCCAUUAUAUUUUCUCUACAACUACUUCUGCUUUGGCCAUUGUCAGUGGCUAAAUUGACUGUAGCAGUCAAUUACAUGAUAUAGUAAACUUCUUCUCAUCAUAUCUGAAGAUCCUGGACCAAUUGUUUCAGAAAGGAGCUUCCACUCUAAAAGAAGAGAUUAUUGGAGCAUUAUAAAAGUCUCUUGAUGAAUUUCAGUUUGGCCAACAUGAAUGUUGCAGAAGAUUAUUUGGACUAUAAUAUUACUGAAGAUUUCUACGAAUACCAAAUUACGUCCAACUAUCAUGAAAAUAUCAUUUUCUCAGUUGUAUUCAUCAUCUGCUGUAUUGGAGCCCCAUUAAAUGGAAUUGUCAUCUGGUUACUUGGCUUCCAAAUUAAGAGAAACCCUUUCACCAUAUUGAUUCUUAAUUUAGCUAUUGCCGACUUUGCAUUUCUCAUAUUAAUGGGUAUAAUUUGCAUUCAAAAAUUUGUACGUGCUAUAGAGCCAGAAAUUCUCUGGCACAUCCUCGUUUGUCUCUUCAAUGUUAUCUAUAUCAACGGUCUAUUUCUUCUGACAGCCAUCAGCAUUGACCGGUGUGUUGCUGUCCUCUUCCCAAUCUGGCAUCGUUGUUCCCGGCCAAAAUAUUUGUCCUCAGCUGUCUGUGUCUUCCUCUGGAUCUUCUCUUUCCUCCUGUUUGGAAUGAGUUACAUUAUGCAAUAUUUUUAUAUAUAUGAUGCCAUCCAGAAUUUAUAUUUGGCUGUGACUGCCAUGAUUUGCCUUCCAUUGAGCACAAUCUCUACCGUGAUCCUAUUCAUCAAAAUAUGUCUUAAAUCCAAACAGAUCAAACGUGGACGACUGUUAAUGAUCAUCUUAAUUACUCUUCUCUGCUUCCUUAGUCUUACUCUUCCUUUAUAUAUCUACGUGUUCGUUGCUCAUUUUCUUAAGAAGAGGAAUUUGUUUGAUAUUGUUGACUUGAAUUUCUACUUAUGUCCGAGUGCUUCCCUAAACAGCAGUAUUAAUCCAGUGAUCUAUUUCCUGGUUGGGAGAAAGAAACGAGCUCGGACCAGGGAGAGCAUCAAGGUCAUUUUUCAAAGAGUCUUCAGAGAAGAAAAAGCUCCUGAAAUGUGAUAAAAGUGUACAAACACAAUUUCAAACCCUCUGUAAAUGCAAUAUUUUAGCUUUCCUUUAAUGCUGGAUACCUUUUAUGAAU